AUGGUAUUGCCUGAUUCCAACAUUAUGAAAAAUGGUUCAAUUAAAAGAUUAAGAGAUUCUCAGAUUGAGAACUCUCCAUACAGCAGACCAAUCAAGAAGAUUACACCAAAUUCGUCACAUGAAGAUCUCAGCGCUACAAUCUCAAAUGAAGGGAGCUUGAAUUUCACUCCCAGGACCAGUCGUCAAGAAAGUCUAUAUAACAUGAAGAAGAUAUUCCAAAAGACUUAUUCACAGACAAAGCUUGGACUCUUUUCAAGCAAAAAGCAAGUUAAUACCUUGGAGACUGCCAUCCCAACUACUCCAAAGCAACAGUUACCAACCCCAACUACAUCACCAGAAAAAAAUAACAUUUUAUGGAGCACUCCAAAUAGCUUGACAUCUCUUCGUACUAUCUCAAAUGACCUAGAUGAUUGCAGAAACAGAAACCUGAUUACUGAUUUUUCCGAGCUUUCUAUCAUAAAUUCCAGUUCUUCUAGUAUUUAUUCAACUCAGCAAUCUCAUCCAAUCUUUGAGAUUCCGGAAAUAGUUGACAAUAUAGUUAAGCAAUUAUACCUGAUUGAAAACGAACAAGAUUUAUUAAACGGUCAUCAUAAAAAAGAUGUUAACAGAGAGAAUACUUCAACGGUGGUGUCAUGCCUUGCUGUUAGUAAGACUUGGAAUAAAGUCUCCAAAGGCUAUUUGAUGCGUGACUUGAAAUUUACCAAAUCUACUAGUUUGACAAACUUCCUCUCCCAAUGCAGUACAAAAAAAACUACACCACAAUCAUUGAUUUUACACAAGAUGAGUGACAUUAAUAACAACAAUUCUAGGGGUCUCGAGAUAAUUAUUGAUCCAAAGCAGCUAAGGCAUCUGGAGUAUUACGUUUGUCCAAACAUUUUACCACCUGUAAAUUGGUUUCAAAGUCUGACCAAACUUGAAAAACUUAUCCUUCCAGGAAAUAAGCUAAUAAAUGAUAGCUAUCUAAUCCAGAUCUGUAGGUACUUACCAAACUUAAAGGUUUUAGACUUAAGAGCAUGUGAUAACAUAACCGAUGCAGGCAUCGUAGCAGUUGGAACACAUUGCAAGCAACUGGUAUCUUGUAAUAUUGGUCGUCAUAGAAAUGGUUCAAGUAUCACAGGCCUAUCAGUUGUUGCACUUGCAAAGAAUACAAUGAUUAGAACACUUGGACUUGCAGGCUGUGAUAUAACUGAUGCUUCUAUGUGGGAACUCGCACAGAAAUGUGGCAAAAAUAUUGAGAGAUUAUCCUUAAACAACUGUAACAAGCUGACUAAUUUCUCCCUCCCAAUGCUAUUUGCCUUCAAUUAUUUCCCAAAUCUUAACGUUCUGGAAAUCCAAAAUAUAGCAAAGAUAACGGAUGUAAGACAUAUGGUAAGAUAUAAAAUAUGGAAAAGGUCACAACGAAUUCCAAUUCUAAUUAAAGGUUGCGACAGAAUUACAAAAUUGAUACAUGAAGAAGAACGCCAAAUCAAAGCACAAAGUCUUAAAACAGCCAGAAAGGAUAUGACUUUGUGGGUUAAUCAAUUAGAAAAUGAAUAA